AUAUUAGAAAAUGGAAAAAGACUCUGAUAUCAGUACAACAACAACACAAAAAGCCUUAUAUCCCAUACCCUGGGGUUGGCUGUAUGAAAAACCAAAUAAGAGAAUUAAGUUAGGUUGUAGUUUGAAUCAAGACUCUGAUAUCAGUAUAGUUAUAAAAACGUUUUCAUCUCAGAUUGCAAUUUGUUUUCUGCUGAGGAAUAAUCUGUCAUUCCGGGUCUUGCUAAUCGUCAUCUCCUAUUUGUUUCUAACUGACGCAGUGACUAAAGUUCACAGAAGGACAUUUGCUGUUUGGACACUUUUGAAUUGUACUCUCUGCUUUCUUUGUGCAUUUAACCUGGAAAAUAAGACACUGUACUUGGUGACAUUUUUGUCAUUCAUUUAUGCCUUUGGUCACUUUUUGACUGAAUACCUCUUCUAUCAAACAAUGGCACUUUCAAAUCUGACAACUGUAGGUAUAUUUGCAUGUAUGUUGUUCAUAAGGAAACAUGCAUAAUCUUUGAGUUU